UAAUUGCAAACAGACAUGGCUGACACUGAUGAGGUUGUGGAGGAGGAGGUCCAGGAGGAAGUGGACGACUCAAAAUCCAAACCUAAGUUUAUGCAGAAUAUUCAAGCACCAAAAAUUCCUGAGGGGGAUAAAGUAGAUUUUGAUGACAUCCAUCGUAAACGUCAGGAGAAGGACCUGGCUGAGUUGCAGGCCCUGAUCGAGGCUCACUUUGUCCAGAGGAAGAAAGAGGAGGAGGAGCUUAUCGCUUUGGUUAACAGGAUUGAGAACCGGCGUGCAGAGAGGGCCGAGCAGCACAGGAUCCGAGCGGAGAGGGAAAAGGAGCGACAGGCCAGACUCGCUGAAGAGAAGGAAAGAAAGGAGCAGGAGGAACAGAGGAAGAAGCAAGAUGAAGAUGCUAAGAAAAAGAAGGCUCUAAGCAACAAGACUCAUCAAUAUGGAGGCAUUCAGCAGAGAGCCGACGGUCGCAAAGGAGGCAAGAAGCAGACAGAGAGGGAGAAGAAGAAGAAGGUUUUGGCCGAGAGACGGAAGCCUCUAAAUGUUGAUCAUCUCAGUGAGGACAAGCUCAAGGAUAAAGCCAGUGAGCUGUGGCAGUGGUUGAUGGAGCUGGAGGCUGAGAAGUAUGACCUGGCUGAGAAACUGAAACGUCAGAAGUACGAUAUCACUCAACUCCUUGUUCGGGUCCAGGACAGUCAGAGUGCAAAAGGACGAGGCAAGGGCGGCAGGAGGAGGUAGAAACGCUGACAGUUUGAAGACGGGAAAGUCUUGUGCGCUGUACUGCUUCGUG